UCAAAUCAUACGUCAAAAAGUAAUAAAGAGGAAAUGUUGCAAAAUAAAUGUCACGAUUAUUCGUAACGUUACACAACAAUACAAAAAAAAACACAGUGGUUAGGUGGUAAAAUGUUCUAUAAACUUCUGUGCAUUGAUGAGUUUUUUACCGAAUUCACCCACUUAUUCGUAGCGAUUAUAAUCGUUUCUGUAGUUUUAGUAGCUUGGCGAUCCACAAAUACACCGGAUAAUCGUCAAAUAAGAGCCGUUUACGUUUUCGAUAGGCGAUUUCGAAGGAACAGACACAUUCCUAGACUUACAAACCACACAGUAGCAACUACUUUAGUUGAGAGCACUCAAGAAACUGUAGAAACCCCCCAAAAUAAUAAUAGAGAAACGAUAUCAACCCAAACUGUCGAAAACACAUUUCAAGACGAUCGACAAAAUUUAAUUAAAAAAAUGGAUGCGGAUAAUAAUGUAAUUAGGCAAAGAAGGUUAGCUUUCUUUAAUAAAACAAACGCGGAAACAAAUCGAGAAAUAAGUCAAGAUGGAGCGAGUAGUUCAAAUCAAACAACUUCAGAUCCGGAACCUAGCGCCCCGUUUAUAAAUGAAACUCAACAAGCACCCCCAACGUACGGUUUUAAUCUCCCCAAUGUUGACUCAAACAACAUUAAAAUAAAACUGAAAUAUUUAAACGAUGAAUUAAAAUCGGUCGAUGCAAAAUUAAAUGAGUCCUUAAAGGAUUUUAAACAAAGGCACUUCUCAACGGAAAUGGCUGAAAACAAACGGAUUAAAUUGAUUUUUAAUGGUCACUUAUUGCAACGUGAAGAAGAAACUUUAGAACAAUUCGGUUUAUUUGAUAAUUGCGUCGUUCAUUGUUUGAUUCAUCAAACAAGACCCGUAUUAGAGACUGGAUCGGAUACAAAUUCUUCAAGAUCAGGACGGAGAAAUGGUGAACGCGAUUGGGAUUUAGGUAAUCUUUUAUUGGUACUUGUAAGUGUUUUAUUAUCUUUGGCGUGGUACACGAGAUAUAAUUAUCCCCAAUUAUUCACGAUUACUUCAACGGUUGGUUUGGUUAUUAUUACGUUACUUUUUGGUAUCAUAUCUUUGGGUAUGUUCUUUCCUGAUCAAAAUGUACCCAAUAUUGAAGUACAUUUACGUUGAGUUUCUUUCCUUUUGUUAUUUUUAAAAUGAGGAAAUAUGUAUAAAAUGUAUAUUUUUUAAUUAAAUCUUAAAAUAAAUUAUGAUAA